AUGGUAGAUGAUGCAGUGGAUCUUGACUACUCACCAGACGAUGUGGAAAUGCAGGCUUCGCCGCCAGAGGCCACAGCAUCUCUCCCUAAAACAACCCGACCCGUCAGAACUCGUAGUCAUUCAUCAUCGUAUGCCAUAAGUACGGAAGAGUCGCCAUUCUGGACAGACCCCUCACUAAGAGAGCCCGUGCCCGACAGCUCGGCCUUUCCAGCGUCUUCAAGCUUAAAGCAACCUAUGGCAUUCAAAUUUCGGAACCAUAAUGUUGGCCAGCCACCCGGCUAUGUUCGUGGAUCUGCUCCUCUUAUCCGUGAAACUAUGGAGGGACGCUGGCCAGAUGGGGUGCUAAGCGGCGGCGCACUGAUCCAGAUGUUGGAAGACCUAUCGCGCAGCUCGAAAACCGAACACUGGCAGAUCUGUGUCUGGCUAGAUGGUUUCGCCGCAAGAUUCGGUCGCUUUCACAAUCCCGAUGGUCUCAUCGUUACGGACGCACAUGAGAUGUACAUGCUCAUGCUCGCGCGUCAACUUUGGGUUGGUCACAAAGGUGAAUUUGCCGGGGGAGAUAUCUUCUGGAUACCAGGACUAGAACCUAAAGCCAUCACCGACCUGAACUGGGAAGCCGACGCAAGGCUAAGCUUACCAGAGUUGCCUUACAAACAUUACCAGCAGCCUUGGUUGGCGGCAGAGAAUCAGUAUAUGCACCGCGUAAUGGAACGGCCACAAAAGGGAGAGGCUGUCUACAAGGGUUGGGUUGAUGGCAUGAAACGGAAAAGAGACAUUCGCGAGGGUGAAAACAUUGAUCAAAGUAUGCCCAACUACGACUCUCUUGCUUCCACAUCAAAUCCAUGAUGAAGGGUAAUAGGCUGUUCAGUCUUUGAGCUAGGUAGCAUUCAAUUGAAGAUACGUCGAU